AUGAAUAUCCCAAGAUGGGCCAAAAUCAGCCUUUGCAUAACGGGCGCACUCAUGAUUUACCACGCCAGUACAUUCGCUCAUAAGCGAUAUGGCAAGGUCAAAUAUCUCGAAACGCAUCCCUUGCGUGUUUAUGGCGAUGGAACUUGUGCCGAUAGCAUCAGGAUCUCCCAAGGCCUCAUUGAAAAGGCAAAGACGAUGCGACAGCAAUGCCAAGAUUCGGCCUCGCCGCUGCGGACGUAUGGCUCCUGGGGCGCGCGGAUUGCGACCGUAACGACUCACUUCUCCAGCCCCGAUGAUCCCCAGAGAUUUUAUCAAAAGGCCAUCGAGACUCACAUUCUUCAUAACCUCGUACAUGGCUCACAGUUGCACGUCCUGUGUACGCCGAUUAUCGACCACAUGUGGAACAAGCAGGCAUUUGUUCAGUUCGUGUUGCUGAGCGAGCUGGCAAAACCGCCGCAAGAACGUCUUGAAUGGAUUUUUUGGGCUGAUCGGGACACUAUCGUGCUGGACUAUUGCCGCCAUCCGGCCAGCUAUAUUCCGGCAAAACUACAUCGGAGCUACAAUCCAGGCACAGAACCAAGCAAGGAACAAAACAUAAACCUGCUCAUAACACAGGAUACUAGAGGCCUCAAUGCAGGCGUCUUCAUGAUCCGCGUAAGCGAAUGGAGUGUCAAUUUUCUUAGUGAUGUUAUUGCCUUUAGGCAUUUCAAGCCCGACGUUGAGCUCCCGUUCGACGAACAAACAGCCAUGGAGCAACUUCUCUUGGAAGACCGGUACAAAAAUAACGUCGUCUACAUCCCGCAGCCCUGGCUUAAUACGUAUGCCUGGGACAAUGCGCAGGACUUUAUGAGCCGAAAGGAUGUGGAAGGCCUAGAUGACUGGGCCUCGAGGCGAGGCGACUUUCUCAUUCACUUUGCGGGAAACGGGGACAAGGAACUAAACAUUGUAGAAUAUUCACAAGUGGGGGACAAGAUUUUUAAUAUUUGGGAAACGCGCGAUAUGCUGCGGGAUGUAAGCUUGGAUAUUGAGCGUUUCUGGGGAAAUCGCAGCAAUGGGCCAGGCUGA